AUGUUGCGCAGCCAAGCCGAAACGGGUGUUUACAGUGGCGAGCCGAGUGCAAUGAAUAAUACACCGGCGGGCAGUCUGGAGAAGCUCGUGCAGCGCCUCGAAACCGCAACUUUGCGUCUGGAGGCGCUGAGCUCCCAGAAACCGGCGCUUGCACCGAAACCGGCCAGCAGCAGCAGCACGCCGGCCUGCGGCACCACCGGUAAGCUGCUGCUUUUGUAUUUCAGAGCACCACCGAUUUUUUGA